AUGAUGUCUGCCGACAAUAUAAACCUAUGGCCAGGUUUACUGUGUCCUGACGUUGAGAUCUACGGGAAAAUGUGGGAAUUGACCCUGUGUAAGUUGAUUCAGAGACAUAUUCCAGCCUAAGGUUGUAUCGCAAAAGGCAUAACAUUCUGACCUGAUUCUCCAGUACUGUGUUAAAGUUAAAUGGGGUUAUUCUUUUUAAAAGUGGCCAUAUAUUUAGUGUUUCUGUAGAUGACAUCUGAGUGCUUGUUCAUUUGACAGGAUUCAGCCUUGGUUUGUCGCAUCAUAACAAUUGGACUGAACACUUGGUUGGUACUCAUAAAUCCCAGCUUUGCUGUCCUUUGAGUAUACAUUUCCUAGUUCAGCAAAGUAUUUCAGGGCAUUCCCACUGCUCUGAAGAAACUUCCAAAUUAAAAUCUGGAGGAUUGUGUGGUGUAAAGCAUUGUGGUUUUCUUAGCUGGAAUGGAAUGCUUUGACUAAUACAUAUCAAUAGGAAUCUAUUCCAGUGUGUUAAUAGCAACUAAAAGUUGUGAACAAACAAGGCUAGCAAUGGCCUAGGUCUGCAGUCUCAUGUGAGAAAAGUUUAAUUGCUGCUGGUUAGAUAGAGUGUAUCAUGUUUAAAACAACAAAAGACACUCAUCUGUGGGUAUCUGUUUGGUUUUUAUUGAAGUGUUUUCUCUUAAUUUGGAACAAUAACUAUUUUCCCACCACCUCUUAAUUUUUAAAGCAAUGGUGUCUCAGCUGUUGAUGGUCACAAACUUUGGCUCUGGUUUCACAUAAUCUUUCAGAAACUUUCUAAUUCCCAGCUCAUAUUAUUACUAUUCUAAGUUUCAAUAAAUGUACUGUCUCCACAAUUUGUCUGUUGUUCUAUAUUUCAACAGUUGCAAACUGCCUUGGACGCAUCCCAAUAUUUAUAUACAGCAGAGAAAAUCUGUACAGAAGCAUUGGGGAAAGAACCUUGUAUCAUAUGCACCAGUUUUCUGCUUACAGUAGUCUGGGGAGUGGGGCAGACAGAGGGAAGUGGCCAUGCUGGGCAAAUUAUACCCCCCCCCCCCGGUAGCAGUAGCACAAUACCACUUUUCACAAAGUAGUAAGCCACCUUGUAAGAUCAUUGGAACUCAUCUUCAAGCUGCAUAUUAGAUAAAAUAGUGUGGAAGAUAAAAAAGAUGUUGCUGGGCAUGGGGAAAAGCCAGAGUCUGCCAUUUGCAAUAGUUUUUUAAUAUCUCAAAAGAAAUACAGUCGUACCUUGGUUCUCGAAUGUCUUGGUACUUAUAUGUUUUGGCUCCCAAACACAGCAAACCUAGAAGUAAGUGUUCCGGUUUUCAAACGUUUUUUGGAAGCCGAACGUCCGAUGCGGCUUCCGAUUGAGUGCAGGAAGCUCCUGCAGCCAAUCAGAAGCUGCGCCUUGGUUUUCAAAUGUUUUCAGAUGUUGAAUGGACUUCCAGAAUGGAUUACGUUCGAGAACCAAGGUAUGACUAGAUUUUUUUCAGGUGAUCAAUUGUCAACUGCUAUUGAUUAACACAAUCUAUUAUGUUUGUGGGGCUUGCUGAAGGUUCCUGUGUGAGCCUCAUUUAAAUGAGUGACAGUUGCACUGGAGUGAUGCCUACCUGAUUAAUGCUCACUACAUCUUUGAACUGAGUGUUCUAACGGAAUAUUCUUGCCUCGGGCAGCUUGGUGGCACAGGUAUGCACUAGUAUUUCCUUGGCACUUGGGGAGUUUGAAACUAAAUGUUCAAUAGCCCAUCAUUUGUAUAUUAUACAUCCCUUAUACUCAAUGCAUUCACUCCUUUAUUGAUUCACAAAUAUGUAAUGAGCAUUUCAGAAAUAAGCUAUGCAAAUCGAAACAAAAGUACUAAGUAGUUUUUUCUUGGUCACCUCGGUUAUAUAUUAGGAGGAAGUAACUUAAAGUAAAUAGUUGGUACUUGUUUCCAACUGAGUUAUUGCCAGGACUUGCAUAUACAGUGGUACCUCAGAUUAAGUACUUAAUUCAUUCCGGAGGUCUGUACUUAACCUGAAACUGUUCUUAACCUGAAGCACCACUUUAGCUAAUGGGGCCUCCUGCUGCUGCCGUGCCGCUGGAGCACAAUUUCUGUUCUCAUCCUGAAGCAAAGUUCGUAACCUGAAGCGUAUGUAACCCGAGGUACCACUGUAUUUAGAUCAGUGAAGAGGAACUUGUGGCUCUCCAGAUGUUGUUAGAUUCCAAAUCCAAUCCACUCUAGCCAUCAUGGUCAGUGGUUAGGGAUGAUGGGACUGAUAGUUCAACAGCAUAUGGCGGGGGGGGGGGCAAAAUUCCUACUCCUGAAUUAAACCUAAAAGAAAAUAAAUUAAACUCCAUUCUUAGGCAAUCGAAAUUCUACACAAAAGAAUUUUUUUAGCAACCUUCUGUUAUUACUCACUGCAAAAUUCUGGUUCUGCUGGGCUGGGCAAUGAACUCUGCAGGGCACUGACGCUCCACCCCGCAACCACUGGCUUACGGUAUAUGUUUUCAGCAGGUAUGGCCCAUGCAUUUUCAAGCACAACAUACUUCUGCAGCCAUAAGGGCUAGAACCUAUAUUUUAUUAAUGAAAGCUUAGAUUUCCAAGAACCUUAAUUGUGCUUACUUUUCUCCCUCUGACCCCUGUAGAAUUGCAACAUGUAGCUCUAGUUCCUCAUCCUGUUUGUGUGUGUGUGUGUGCGCGCGCGCGCGUUGUUCUAAAAUAUGUAAGGAAGUUUGCUUUAGAACAUGCUUAAAUGUAAAUAAUGAUACAGGUACAGUGAUACCUCAGGUUACAGACUCCGCUACCCCAGAAAUAGUACCUCAGGUUAAGAACUUUGCUUCAGGAUGAGAACAGAAAUCGUGCUCCGGCGGCAGCAGGAGACCCCAUUAGCUAAAGUGGUGUUUCAGGUUAAGAACAGUUUCAGGUUAAGAAUGGACCCCUGGAACAAAUUAAGUUCUUAACCCAAGGUACCACUGUAUACUGAAAGUUGCAUGAACUGCCAUGAUAGUAUGGACUGCCAAUUCAAUAACAAUUCUGCUAGGAUGCAAUCCUAUAGUGGUGGAAGCCUGCCUAUACUGCCAGAGACUGGACUAUUAUUAUGCAUACUUGUUGCUUUAGGCCAGGCACGUCCAACAGGUAGAACGCAGUCUCCUGGUAGAUCACUGGGUCCCCUAAAAAAGGCCCAUUUCUGCCCUGCAUCCCCUAAAAAAAGCUCAACAACUUUGAUCAUGAUUAACUCCGUGAGUAGAUCACAGUCUCUUGGGAGUUGGCCACCCCUGCUUUAGGGAAACAUCUCUAAGUGACUUAAACAAAUAAUAGUAAAAUGCACAAAAUAACAUGAAAAAUAAUAAAAAGUCAAGUAUAAUACUGUAAGUUACUUAAACCAUUAAUAACAAAACUUUCACCACACCCCUAAAGGAAAACGGACAAUUACAAAUAAAAACAAAUGCCUGGGGAAAAAGAGAUUAGUUUGUCUAGUGCACCAAAAGAUGUCAAUGUCAGUGCCAAGUAAGCCUCUCUUGGGAAAACAUUCCUUAGAUAAGGGAGCACUACUGAAGAAGCCCGUUUUCUUGUUGCCACCUCUGGCCUGAUAGCACUGAUACGACAUGUGCUCUGGCAGAAGUCUCCCAAUAUGCCAGUGGAGCUGUUCUGCCAGUGAAGGGGGUUAUGGGUGGUAUAGGGAGAAAGCACACUUAAACCAUGUCCUACACCUUUUCAUUUUACGACUAUGCCCAUGAUUAUAAUGGAACCAAUACUCGGCAACGUAGCAACGCCUGCCAGUGCCUGGGACAGACCAAAGUUGUUGAGGUUUUUGUUUUGUUUUGUGAUAAAUUCAAAGUUUUGCCCACACACCUGCCACUUGAGGGUCAUAUUCCACAUAUCUGGUGAAAAUGGGCUUUAGUCCCAUAAUACAGAGGUAGCUAAUGCGGGUGUCCUCUUAACUCCCAGCAUGUGGAGAACUAUGUAAGACCUGUGGGAGAUUAGCAGCCAAACCUAACAAAUACAUAUUCUAGCUAGUUAGCUAGAGGGGAGGGGCUAAUUCCACAGAACUGGAUUGCUGAUAGGCCAAUGCUCAGACCAUUGAAAUACAAUUGGUAGAGAGGAGACUCUGUGAUGUCAUUUCCCCUCUUCACCUGGAGAAGAGAGAGCAAUAUAGUAUUUCCUGUUCCUCACUUCCUUUGACCAGGCUGGAUGCAGGUAUCCCUCUGCUUGCUCCAGCUUUAGUAUAACAUGUAUGAAGCUGCAAAUAUAUUUAUUCCCCCCCCCAAAAAAAAUUACUGGUUAUAGCACACAGACAUAAACACAGACAUUACAUUUAACACAACAUAAAAACUUAACAAUAAAAACACAAAAAAUAAAAUAAUUUUUUCUUCUUAUUCCCUGGUAUAUUUACAUCACUAAAAGACUUCCUCGACACCUUCCAAUCUGAAUUUCAUCAUAACACAUAUUUAGCAGUUGCCAAUUUCAUAUUUAUAGCAUCAAUAUCCUCUCUCAUAUAAGUAUUUUGUCUGGAUAGAUUUUACUGGUACUGUGAAUCAGUCCAUGAUCAUAAAUGUAGGUAAAUCUUUUUAAAAUUCUCAAGUAGUUGCCUGAUUCUUUAUUAACCGGAAUAAGAAAGGGAGGUCAGCUUAUUUCAUAGCUAGACUUGUUCAAAACAAGGUUUAGCAGCCUUAUUCUUAUGCUUUGAAUUUUGCCACCAAUGGUGGCGUUUUGAAAAACACUUCAACUCACACAGCGUGGGCACCUGGAGGGAUAAAUUGCAACCAGUAUAUCCUCUCCUAGGGACGCGGGUGGCACUGUGGUCUUAACCACUGAGCCUCUUGGGCUUGCCGAUCAGAAGGCCGGUGGUUCGAAUCCCCGUGACGGGGUGAGCUCCCGUUGCUCGGUCCCUGCUCCUGCCAACCUAGCAGCUUGAAAGCACCUCAAAGUGCAAGUAGAUAAAUAGGUACCACUCCAGCGGGAAGGUAAACAGCAUUUCCAUGUGCUGCUCUGGUUUCGCCAGAAGUGGCUUAGUCAUGCUGGCCACAUGACCUGGAAAAACUGCGGACAAACGUCGGCUCCCUUGGACAAUAAAGCGAGAUGAGCGCCGCAACUCCAGAGUCGGUCACGACUGGACCAAACGGUCAGGGGUCCCUUUACCUUUAUAUCCUCUCCUACCCAUUAAAAUUCAUCCCACAUGCCCAUUCCUUAGAGGAAACGUGGGAUAAAUAUGCAACAAAUAAACUAUAAGUAUCCCUUGGCCAGGCUGGCUGCGACUGACGGAAGUCGUGUCUGAGGGCGCCAUGUUGGACCCGCUCCUCCCCAGCCUGAACGCAGCGCGACGUCAGGCAGUCAGCAUCUAAAUUCAAGCCCCGCCCUCUUACGUGAUGCGACCGUGAGCGGCAGCAGCUACAGCCAGUAAAUUUGUGGGGUCCCUCCCACUGGCUGCGCGCCGUUGGGCGUGGAGGGGAGAGGGAGAGAGGCGGGCUUUUUCGCUUGAGCGACGCACCUUUCGACCAAUGCUGUCCCCGCUCUCCGCCUCCCGUUCGGGUUGGCUUGCGAUGGCGAGCGGGAGGAGUUGCUGAAGCGCGAGGCGAAGUUAAGAUGGCGGCGGCGGCGGCGGCGGGAAUGACCAAGGUGAGGCGUUGUUUUUUUAUGUCUCGUUUUUAUUCCCUUUCCUCCCGCUUCUUGUGGGCAAACUGCUCCACAUAGGAAGGGCGUUUCGUUGGCCAGGCCUGUGCCGUGGGGCUCUGGUGGUUUGGAGACGAGAGCCGAAGGGCAAGGAUUCCCUGCUGCUGAGGGCGGCUGCGACCGCGGGUGGGAGGUCGGGCGAAGCCCCUGGCGGGAGGUGGGCAGCUCUUCCCACAGGGGAGCUAAGCAAGUGUGUGCGCGCGCGCCUUACCAGAAUAAAUAAUAACUCUUUUAUUUCCCCAUUUCUAUUUUCUACAACGGCUGUCUCUCUCUCUCUCCCCCCCCCUGCCAUCACACUCCACUACCUGCUAUAUAUAUAUUAAUUUAACCACAAGGGAAGAAACGGGUAAUCAAGAAGUCUGGCCUAAUAACUGAAAAGAAGGAAAAGGGCCAUAAUGGGAAGGGUGGGGGGCGAGACCCCAUUACGUUGCUUUCCUCUCCCAAAACUUGGAGCAGCAUGGAUGGGGUUUGGAUAUUUUUUUUCUUCGUAAUUCGAUAAAGCUGAGGAAGGCCAAGGUUGAAAUCUUGUGCCUGGAAACUGAUAGAUUUAACAGGUCCCCUCCCCCCCCCCCCGCGUUCUUAUGGUUAUGUAUUCACACCCUCUGUGGCAGUGGUGCUGCAGAAAUUCAUAACUUGCUCCUUGCAGACGCUGGCAUGAACAGAAUUCGCAUCCACGUGUUGCCUUCAAGUCGGGGACGACUCACCCCUGUGCCAAGGCCCCAAGAGGCCUUGUCAUGUGCCUUUGCUCAUCGGCCGUGCUCCCAGCCUCGUUUGGAAGGACAUGAGUUCUGCAUAAAGCACAUUCUUGAAGACAGGAAUGCGCCUUUCAAGCAGUGCAGCUACAUUUCCACUAAGAAUGGGAAGAGAUGUCCAAGCGCAGCUCCCAAACCUGAGAAAAAGGAUGGGUAUGUGUUACGUAUGUUCAGAUUUUGUGUGGAGAGCUGGCCAGGCUUCAUCCAUGUACAGUUGAAAUCACAUAACUUAAACCUGCGCAAGUUGUGAGAUGUACCAAGUGUUCCUCCUCAAAUGAGGGUGCCUGUUGUGUUAUUGCAUGAGUCCUUGCUUUGGGCAUGCCUUUGUUAGGUGGCAUAUCCAGAUCAAUUUCUGAAGUGGCUGCUUACCUUGUAUGCAUAGCAAAAACAAACUGCCAUGGAGUGUUUAUUUUAUUAGAAAAAAUUAUAAACUGCUUAAUAAAAAUCUCCCUCUAAGUGCUUUAUGUAAAACCUUAAAAAGUACACUUAUCAAUAAUAGUAGAUCAACAAAUAUUAAAAACACAAAUAUAGGUAACUAAACGUGUCUGGGUAAAAAAAUGGUAAAGGACCCCUGCCAGUUAAGUCCAGUCACGAGCGACUCUGGGGUUGCGGUGCUCAUCUCACUUUACUGGCCGAGGGAGCCGACGUUUGUCCGCAGACAGUUUUUCUGGGUCAUGUGGCCAGCAUGACUAAGCCGCUUCUGGCGAUACCAGAGCAGUGCACGGAAAUGCCAUUUACCUUCCCACUGGAGUGGUACCUUUUUCUCUACUUGCACCUGGACGUGCUUUUGAACUGCUAGGUUGGCAGAAGUUGGGACCGUACAACAGGAGCUCACCCCGUCACGGGGAUUCGAACUGCCGACCUUCGGAUCAGCAAGCCCUAGGCUCAGUGGGUAGGCUUGCUGAAAUCAAAAAGUUUUAAACUGGCAUCAAAUAGCAUAGCAAGACUGCUUUCCUAAUGUUAAUACACAGGGAAAUCCAAAGCUACUGCACUGUUACACUGACUCCUAGUAGACUCAGAACGAACAUUACAUGGCACUUGUAGAAGUACAAGUUCCACAGAUCAAAAUUGUCAAGUAGGUCAAGUAGGCGCAUAUGGGCAUUGGAAAUCCUUCAAGUAAAGUAGUCCUAAUCAGUUAAGGGCUUUAUAUACUAAUAGUAAAGUCUUGAACUUGGCCCAGUAAAAAAAUCUGUAGCUGGUGCAGAUUUUAAUAAAAUUGUGGUAGGCUCACACUCCUGUUAGUAGUCCUGCUGCAGCAUUCUGCAUAAUUUACAGUUUUUGAGAGUCAACCGCAAAGAGAGCCCCACAUACACUGCAUAGAAGUAAUGCAGUUACAAGCUAUUCUGGUCCAGCAAUGGUUUCAGCUGUUGUACAUGAUUUGCUCAGUUUCAGAAUCUAGGCUGCCAUCAACAGGUUUUGUGUUCAUUUCUACACUAUAAACAAAAUGAAAACAUACUUACUGCUUAUUGUUUUAUUAUCAGUACUACUUUAGAAAAGGUUUGUAUUUGGGAGCCACGAAAGGUUGGUUUCUCUUUUGUCUCCCCAUCUAGGGUAUCGUUUUGUGCUGAACAUGCUCGUAGAAAUGCCCUAGCACUGCAGGCUCAGAUGAAGAAGUCCAACCCUAGUCCUGUGCGGGAGUCCCUACUCUGUCAGCUGAGCUCCUAUGCCAAGACAGAGCUGGGCUCCCAGACUUCAGAGAGUAGCCGCAGCGAGGCUAGCAGAAUACUGGGUAAGUGGAAUAGGUGGUGACGGCAUUGAUCUGGUCAUUAAAAUAGGGUGUGAAGGCUAGGGUCUGUUACAUCCUAACUUAAAAAUAUUUUUAAUUAUCAUUGAAAAGUAAAAGCCACCCAAGAGAGAAGAUGGAAGCCGUGGGUGUUAGAUUUUUCACUCAGUGUUGUUUUAUAUAAGCUGUUUUUUGUUACAUGCCCUUCCCAAUGCUGCUUUUUAUAACCUGCUGGCCAAAAUGUCAGGAUGGGCAACUUAUUGAACUGUGGAUGGGAAAAGAUUUGCAGAAUCAUAAAGUUGGUAAACUUCCAAUUUUCCUUGUCUUCUGAUUUCUGAUUUAUCAUUAUGCUCCACCUUAUAUAUGUGGUCAUGAAUGCUAAUUUUUGAUUUAACAAAAACCCAAAUCUCUUGGUUCUUUGGCGUAGGAUGAGCAGCCCAGUGUACUGGGAAAGGGGAAGAAUGUUUAUAUGGCUGGCUUGCAGCAUAGUGCCCAAUCUGGUUAUAGUAGUGUGCAGUUUGUUUCUGUGAUCAAGGCUAGGUCUCUGAAGAUUAUGUAGAACGGUUGGGCAAUGGAAACCAGAAUUAGUUGGAGGACCAUCCCUUUUCUCCCCCCACCUUCCUCCAACUUUUGGCCUUCCUUCUCUCUUCCCCGCCCUUCUAAAUGCAAGACGCAUCCACAGCAUAUGCUCCAGGGUUCCCCACAUGAAUUAGAUCCUUAAAAAUACUUUUCUCCAAAUAACAAAUGGGUUAUUUUUCAUUCAGAUGAGGACAGUUGGAGUGAUGGAGAGCAGGAACCUCUUACUGUAGAUCAGACAUGGAGAGGAGAUCCCGACAGUGAAGCAGAUAGCAUUGACAGUGACCAGGAGGACCCCCUUAAGUGAGUCAUGUGAAUGGUGAAUUGCUGUUGUAUGACACAUCAGAAUUAUGAAAUCCUGAGAACUUCAUUCCAAUAUAAGUCACCUUCAGGAAAAAUGUGGUGGCCUUUGGGUGACGUACCAUAUAAGAGAAUGAUUAGAGGACAGGUGGAUAUUUUAAUCCUUGCACUUCUGGAGCAGAUACAGUAUAGCCAUUCUAUCAAAAUGCAAUCUUUGUUGUCAGUUCUGUUUUUUGAGAAGUCCAAAAAUAGACUUUGGGAAUUCCUUUGUCCCCAGAGACUUUCAGACUUUAAUUAAAAAAUAAAUUUAGGCUGCAUUUAAAAGUUAAAACUUUCUCAAGUUUGAGAAAAUUGUAACUAAAAUAUAAAACCAGCAUCACCACAUACAUACAUUCAUUCAUAUAUGUGUGAAAGCACCCUUUUCCAUGUGCUAGCCCCCAGAAUGUACAGCAGUUGUUUGUUGUUUCCUAAAGGCGUUGGACAGGUUACAGUUAUGAAAGAAAUGUUAUCCCCUAACCUCUCUAAUUAUGAUCACAAACAGUAGCUCAAAUGAAGCCUUAGAAUGGCUCAAAAAGUGGUUUUAACUUUCGAACCAAGCCAUCCCCAUUGUAGCCGUUCCAGGUAUUUGUGUUGAGUUUGUCAAGUUAGCAUCCUCUCUUAAAAGGUUAACAAAAAUCCUGCUCUAAGUAUUCCUGUUGAAGGUCACAGGUCUACCUGAUUCAGUGCUUUGCUGUUAAAUGGCUUCCUUUUGCUACUUGACACUACUUUAGCUGGCUCUUCCUUUUUAAUGACUUGAGAAAAUGUGACUUGGAUUGCUUCCUUAUUAAAUUGGAUCCUGUUUCUGCAGACAUGCUGGUGUGUACACUGCUGAGGAAGUGGCACUGAUCAUGCGAGAAAAACUCAUCCGGCUGCAGUCUCUAUAUAUUGAUCAGUUCAAACGACUUCAACAUCUCCUGAAAGAGAAAAAACGACGGUACUUACACAGCCGCAAGGUGGAACAUGAGGCCAUAGGUAAACAGCCAUUGUCCUGUACAUCAGCAGCUCCUGUACUUGCAGCUCAGAAGCUUUGCUAAAGCUCUUCUAAAAUUCAUUAGGACAAUCUGAAAGCAGUUUACCAAGAGCUAGAAUGCUUAAUGCUUGACAAGUAUUUCUGUAGAUCUUUCAUUACUUUCUUGUUAUAUCUGCUGAAAUUGUUUUCAAAAGUCAUCUUCCAAUGAGCUAGGAAGUUUCCAAAUACUAGUUAUGAGUAUUGAGCAUCAUUUGUCCCUAAUGGUAGGAGAGUGCAUAGGAAGGAAUUCAGUGUAGUACUUAGCAGGUUGCUGUGUCAGCACAAACAUUUCUGAUUGCCUGAUGAAACGACCUGCCUCCCCUGCUCUUCCAGGGGUUCUCCCAACCCCCAGAGGCAAUUAGGGGAAGGGGGCAAAGGCCCCAUUGCACUAGUGAAAGUUCUUGCACAGGCUUCUGGCAGGGCCACAAGUGUGGGACUUGUUCCACACAUGACUUUGGAAACCUGAUGUAAGCAUCAAGGGAAAUGUGAACUCCUGCAGUUGCUAACAAAUAGUAUACAAUUCCUUGAAGUUUAAAUGGUGAAGAGUAUUUUCUCUGGUUAAAUACACCUGCAGUUGACUACCCAAUAACACCAGUUGGGUAACUUUCCCUACACAGUUUCAAAACUUGAUUUCCUCACACCUACCACUAAUCAAUUCCACAGGUUCUUUUACAAGAUUUUACAAGUUAGCUGUCUUGAAACAGUUGCUCUUUAAAGGUGGCCUAAAGCAGGUGGCCUAAAUUCCAUAAGUGAUGCGGGUGGCGCUGUGGGUUAAACCACAGAGCCUAGGACUUGCCGAUCAGAAGGUUGGCGGUUCGAAUCCCUGUGACAGGGUGAGCUCCCAUUGCUCGGUCCCUGCUCCUGCCAACCUAGCAGUUCGAAAGCACGUCAAAGUGCAAGUAGAUAAAUAGGUACCGCUCCGGCGGGAAGGUAAACAGCGUUUCUGUGCGCUGCUCUGGUUUGCCAGAAGCGACUUAGUCAUGCUGGCCACAUGACCUGGAAGCUGUAUGCCGGCUCCCUCGGCCAAUAAAGCGAGAUGAGCGCCGCAAUGCCAGAGUCGGUCACGUCUGGACCUAAUGGUCAGGGGUCCCUUUACCUUUAUCUUUAAAGCAUUCCAUGGGACAAUCUGCAAGCAGAGAAAUAUAGAAAGGGUCCUGUAGAGUAUAAUCUUGUGGCUUGGUGCUAUUCCUAGACAUUUUUUUCAAAAUUGUGUGAAAUGUUAUUGGUUUUCAUAGUAAGACAUUGAUGAUCCAAUUUUACAGGAUAAUGGGUACAGAUUUGUUUUUGUGUGCAUUUUGUAUUGAAUGUAAUAUAAUGUGGGUUUAUAAACAAGAAGGAACUGUUGAGCUCAAGUGAAAAAUAAUCUUCUCAAAAGAGGUUCACCAAACUAGCAGGUGCUUAGUCUGUUGGGAUUUACAAGAUCAGGGUAGUGCUUUGAGUCUGCCUUGAGGAUGCUUCCUUGGUGUCUUCCAGGUAGCAGCCUCCUGACAGGCCCAGAGGGACUUCUGGCUAAAGAACGUGAAAACCUGAAACGGCUGAAAUACUUGAGGCGAUAUCGGCAGCGUUAUGGUGUGGAAGCUCUUCUACACCGGCAGUUGAAGGAACGCAGAAUGCUGGUCACUGAGGGUGCUGCCCAGCAGGUACUUGAGUCAGGCUGUGCUUCUGUACCUACUAGGCACAGUAGAGCUAGAAAUUGUGGGUUUUGUGAUUUUCCUCUGAAAGUAAGGCAGGGGUAUAAAUUGGCUCUGAAAUGUUGGAAGAUUUUCAGAUAUGACACUAUUUGUUUUGAACAGGGCACAGAAUUAUUGUAUCGGCUCAGCCUCUUACAUUAUUACGAAUACAUGUGGAAAGAGAUGUUGAGGUGAUUCUCUAUUGUGUGUAUUUUGAUUUCUGAAUGGAAGAAUGUAUUCCUGUAAGAGCAGCUUUUCCACCAACAGCCUGCAAAAUUAUCUUGUGCUCUGCAGGCACACACCACCCGUUCUAGCCAGAGGUGUUUGGCCUUUGUGGAUGAUGUUCGAUGUUCCAACCAGUCUCUUCCAAUGACAAGACACUGCCUUACUCGUAUCCUUUUAACCUAUCAGUUGUCUGUAUUAGUACUUCUGGAAGUAGAAGAAGAAUUGAAUUGCUUUUGUUUUUCAUUGUUUUUUUGUUUUGGCCCUGAAUCAAGGCUGCUGGCUUGUCGUAGCCACUGGUUUCAAACAGGCGCCCAAAGAAAUGUCUUCCUAUGGUCUGUUGGCUGUUCAAUUGCUUUAGACUAGAACAGCCAAUUCAGUUGGAAGCAACAAGCAAACCUCAAACUACAAUAAGGCCACUGUCUGAAAUAAGACUGAUCCCUUCAGAAUCACAUGUGUGGAUACUUGAGUCGUUCCAAUUCCACGAUGAUCCUUAAAUCUUAUAUUCUGAAUUUAGACAUAAUUUGCUGCUGACUUUGUGUUAUAUUAUCCUAGUGGUCUACUCCUGCAUUAAUUAUUCAGCUGCUUUUGGUUUGCUAACAGCUGACUACUAGUUGUGAUAUGCAGAAGAAAAGUUAUCUACUAAAAAUUCAAGCCCCAUGAGUUUAAAAGCUGGUUUUUACUUUGAGGCUAAAGUCUAGCAGUUCCCCCUUAAUAUGGUGGUGUAUUCCUACAGUAAAUUUAAGGUGCUUUAGAUUAUUUAUGUACAGACUAUGAUACUUCACAUGGAGUUCAGAUGUGCACCUUGAUAUUUUCUUCUAAAUAGAAGAAUUUCCAAGGAAAAUGGAAAUAAACAGGGAGCUGUAACCUGCCAUUCUAUAUAUCUUAUGUACUCUUCUGCAAAUUAUUCAUUAUUUUUAAGGAAGCCUACAAAAUGGCGGGCCUGCUGACUUACUAAAAGUCUGCUUUUAACACUUCCUUUUAUUUCUUAUGUCCUGGAACGGCUGACCUUGCCUUUUCGCAAAUCUUGCUUGUCUCCUUUGACUGCGUCUUUAGAUAUUUGCCAGGAUACCAAUCAGCUUCUAUUUAAGCUGUGCCAAGGGUCAGAAGAAGCACCCUGCAGCAAGCCAGUGCCUGUAAGCCUCUCCGAAGACCCCUGCUGCCCACUCCAUCUCCAGCUACCACCUCAGAUGUAUGUUCCUGAACAGGUACUGUCUGUUCCCGAGGAGCUGGAAGCUGCUUCCAUGGAUCUGUACUUGAGCGCAGCUGAACUCCGGCCCACAGAGAGCUUGCCGCUGGAGUUCAGUGAUGUAAGUGAAUUGUAAUGCGGCACCUGCCCAUGGCACUUCAGAAGGCACAGUUACCUCUAACCUGGGUAUGAGUACUUCAGUAAUGACAUGGGUUGAAGCUACAUGUAAAUGAGUAAGGGGGGGAGAGCUCUGAUACAUCAAAAACAUGGAUUAUGUGGGAGAAGCAGGCACCAUGGGCGUGGUGAACAGGGCUGACAUUUGGGUGCAGGAAAAAGUGUGCCACUUGAAAAAGUAGGUUGCUAAUGCCAUGCCUGUCGAUAUUUCUAGAGGACUUAAAUAAAUUUGGUACGUUAAAAUAAAGCAGACCCUAUUCUCAGGUUUGCAGUCUAAAUAAUAGACUAACAACUGAAGGGGAACAGAGUGAAAACUCAAGAGGUGCAAGAUCAAGCUGAUUGAGCAAGGGAGGAGGUGAGUGUUUAUCAAACAUUUAGAGGGCUACCGAGAGACUUCUCGGCAUAAGAAGCAAGAAAGGAGGCUGUUGGGGCACGAAGAAUGUCAUUUUGGAUUAAUAGAAGACUUUCUGGAGGAACAAAGGGGGGGGGCAAAGAGAUUAGUGGGUGUGAGAAAAUGAAGAUACUUGAAAGUUCUUUAUAUAAAAAGCGAAGGGAGAGCUAAAGUAGAGAUUGGAGGGGUAAUAUGAUCAAAUGCUUCCUCCUCCAUGUUAAAUAGUGGCACUUACACCUGUGGAAAACCUAGUUUUCUUUGAUACAUUGACUUUGUAUAUGCAUAUGGUUUUUGUGGGGGGGGACACUUGGAAUGUGUGGUCUCCCAGCUGCUUGCAGAGGUGGUACAUUCCUUGGAGGUGUGCUGUUUUGGAAUAUGUAGUUUCAGCUUUGUCUAGAAAAGCAGCACAUAAAUAUUUUAAAAUAAAUAGAUUAAGAACAAAAUUAUAGGUUCCUCAGUGUGUAUUUGGAGCAAACACUUGUAUUUGUGUAGGGCAGUGAAUUGAUGGCCUGUUGUCAUGUUCCUUGCCCUGACUGAAUUUUAAGUGAAGUAAUUUUGUUGAUUCAUAUAAAGGCAUCUUGUUGGGAAAGACUAGAACACAAAAGGGUUAAUUGGACCUUUUGUAACCCUUUGAAAACAUCAGACCUUUAAAAUCCGUAUUUAAAAGCUUUUUUUUAAAAAAAAAAAAAAAAGCAGCUUUUUCUCUAUCCCAUAAGGGUUUGUGUGGGUUAUAAUCCUUGGAUUACUAGGAUGUCCUGUGUGUUUGCUAAAUCUAUGUACUUUAUAAAAAACAAAACAUUGUAGACACAGCAUGCUGACUGAAAUGUCUGUCUUCUAAAAAUAAUAGUGUAAAAUCAGCUAGCAGUUUUCAUUCUAGGGCCAGCUCUGAAAGUGGUUCUGAAAAUAGUGAGGGUGUCAAGCUUGUGCUGAACAUAAGGACAUUUGUGGAGAUGUGUGUAAUGGGGGAUAUUGAGUCCUAUCAGGCCAUACUCUUCCCAUUCAUGCAGCAUACAUCCCACUGUAGGGAGAGAGUUGGAGGUCUGCCACAUAGUUCGGCAAGGUCUAUUGGGUACAGUGAGCACUGAUCAGAUUAGUUUCUCAUAUAUAACUUGUUCUGAAGUGCAAGCACUGGGAUGGUGGCUUUAUCAUGUGGUUGCAAAUGGGGGCAUUUUCUGUGGGGAGUAGAGUGUAUUAAUGAGCUUCUGUGUGGGCCUUUAAUGUCUUUUCCAAGAGGAACGUUAGGGCUUAAUCCCGGCUGCUUUCUGGGUUACAUUGGAUUCCAGCUGCAAAGCCCUAGGCAGCUUUGUAUCAUCCCUGAUGGCAUUUAUGCCAUUAUUUUGCUGUUUCAGUUAAAAUAAAAAUCUCCCUAGAUAGAAGUGUCCAUAUAUUUGUUCUGAAAUUAUUCUGUUUUGAGGUAGAACCUUAUCAAGAGGCAGCUAGGAUCUGUCUCAUUUUAUCAAAGUGGCUGUUCUGGAAUUGUAAGUAUCUCCUUUCUCUGCCCACAAAAGUGACUGUUAAGCUAAAAAGCAGACUCUGUAUGCCUUUUAAUAAAAUAAGGAUGUCAGUCUGAUUUUCAUGUUUACUUUCAGCACAUGCUGACUUUGUUUGAUUCCUGCUUCCCUUCAGAAGAAGCUGAAAUACUGUUAGGAAUGGGUUAAGGGAGGGGGACUGGAAACACCCUGUUUAGCCACAUCUCAAAACUGUUUGGUUUUCUCUGUGACAGGACUUGGAUGUUGUUGGGGAUGGCAUGCAAUGCCCCCCUUCUCCUCUGCUCUCUGAUCCUUCUACUUCUCUUGAGAACCAGUUAAACAAAAGUGUUGCUGAAACCCCCACAAAUGUGCCACCAAGUGAAGAGUUUGCUCAACAAGGACUUUUGAACCAGGCAGCACAGCCAGGCAGAGGGUUUUUCCCCAGACAAACUGCAUUUCCUGCUUCAGAGUUGCUACAAGAGCUACCCUCACAGGUACUGAUCUGGGCUUGGAAGAACCUGCAUGGGGUUCUGGAUGGGAGUCAGUAGAUCCUUUUAAUGAGUGAAUUAAGGUUUGCUGGCGAAGGUCUUGCCUCCACUAAAGUCCCAUGAGAUUGCCUGUUCUGUAAAGAUUUCCUUGAAGUCAGCCUGAAUACGUGCGUAGGCUAGCUCCUAAGGAAAAGGCAACCCGUGCUUGUUUGUCAAGGGGAUUAGCCAUCUGCUCAUUGUAUGUGUUGGAGGAGGGAAGAGGACUGUCCCCCAGCCGUGUAACAUUGCACAGCUGGCCUGGCGCAUUAAUGCAGGGAUGGGAAGUGGGUUAGGAGCUGGCAGGUGGCUGAUGCUGUUUGUUUGAGUUUCCAGAACUGUGAUUGGGUUAUUACUAUUUCUUUAAUGUUUUCUUGCUUUUUCGGUUGCAUUCUGCUUAAAAAUAUAUUCAGAUGAGUUCGGCUUAUACCUGUUUGUUGUGCGCAUAUUUGUUCUCUCACUUCUGCUUUCUCAAGACGAGACUGUUUUCCUCCCAUGCCCUCUGAAAUGGAGACUUUUAAUUGUCUUACCAACCAGGAAUCAAAACCGAUCCAUUCUGCAGGCCUUGAAUUGAAGGCUAAUGGUUUGCAGUAGCCAUUGGUUUCAAGCAGGUGCCCAGAGGAAAUUUUCCCCAUGGUCUGUUGGCUGUUUUGAAUGUUUGAAUGGAAUAGUCAAUUCACUGGGGAGUAACAUCAAACAAUGGGAGAGAAAGCACCUUCUCUGGCCUGGGUAUGACCUGAUUCUAGAGUUGCUGUAUUGCAUCCUUUGCAUAGGAACACACUAGGUCCAGUUUCUGUAAAAAAAGCAUAGGAUACGAUUGUCAAUUUUAUCCUCUCUGUUUCUACUAGAAUAUACAGCAUCUUGUGACAACUGGGCCAGGACUGGAGGAGGGUAAAAAGGAAGAACCUGCAACCAAUGGGAAUUCAGAACCAGCCUCCAUCAGCUGA